AUGUCUUUUGAAAUAGGUACUAGGUGCUGGUAUCCACACAAAGAACAAGGUUGGAUAGGCGGUGAAGUCACUCAAAAUGAGUUUUGUGACGGUGCAUACCAUUUGGAGUUGAAGUUGGAGGACGGUGAGACUGUGUCCAUURAAACAGACAGCUUGGAAGACGAUGGUCACCAUCCAACGUUGCCGGUACUGCGAAACCCUCCUGUCUUGGAAUCCACUAAUGACUUGACCACGCUAUCGUAUUUGAACGAACCUGCGGUGUUGCAUGCGAUAAAGAAAAGGUACUUGAACUCGCAGAUUUACACUUAUUCUGGUAUUGUUCUUAUUGCUACGAACCCCUUUGCUGRAGUCGACCAUCUGUACUCUCGCGAGACUAUACAGAGCUAUUCCACCAAACGUAAGGACGAAUUGGAACCGCAUCUUUUUGCCAUUGCAGAGGAGGCGUACAGGUUAAUGACUAAGGAAAAUGCCAAUCAGACGAUUGUCGUUAGUGGUGAGUCUGGUGCUGGUAAGACCGUGUCUGCUAAAUACAUUAUGAGGUAUUUCGCCUCAGUGCAAGAAAUCAACGAUCAAGAAGGAAAAAUGGAGAUGUCUGAGAUCGAGAGCCAAAUUCUGGCUACGAACCCCAUUAUGGAAGCCUUUGGGAAUGCAAAGACCAUUAGAAACGAUAAUUCAUCGCGGUUCGGUAAGUACUUGCAAAUUUUAUUCGAUGGCGAUACCACUAUCAGAGGGUCCAAGAUCAGGACAUACCUUUUGGAAAAAUCCAGAUUGGUUUACCAACCGGAAACAGAAAGGAACUACCAUAUUUUCUAUCAAAUGUUGGAAGGUUUACCAGAACCCUUGAAACAAGAAUUGCAUUUGUCAUCUGCCAAAGACUACCAUUAUACAAAUCAGGGUGGACAACCGGAUAUAGUCGGUGUAGAUGAUGCAGAAGAAUACCGGAUAACAACCGAUGCCCUGUCAUUGGUCGGCAUAAACCACGAGACUCAGUUUGAGAUCUUCAAGGUCCUUGCAGGUCUGUUACACAUUGGUAACAUCGAAAUGAAAAUGACAAGAAACGAUGCAUCUUUGUCAUCUGAUGAACCAAAUUUACAAAUUGCGUGUGAAUUACUAGGAAUCGAUUCCGUCGAGUUUGCCAAAUGGAUUGUCAAGAAGCAAAUUGUCACCAGAUCUGAAAAAAUCAUCACUAACCUAAAUUAUAAUCAGGCAAUAAUUGCCAAGGACUCUGUGGCAAAGUUCAUCUAUUCUACGCUUUUUGAUUGGUUGGUAGAUAAUAUCAAUAAAACCUUAUACGAUCCUAAACUGGACCAACAAGACCAGGUUCUUUCCUUUAUUGGUAUCCUAGAUAUUUAUGGGUUUGAGCAUUUUGAAAAAAACUCGUUUGAACAGUUUUGUAUAAACUAUGCUAAUGAAAAAUUACAACAAGAGUUCAAUCAACACGUUUUCAAAUUAGAGCAAGAAGAAUACGUUAGGGAAGAAAUCGAAUGGUCUUUCAUCGAAUUUACCGAUAACCAACCUUGCAUAGAUUUGAUUGAAAAUAAGCUAGGUAUACUUUCCCUUUUAGAUGAAGAGAGUGGAUUACCAUCGGGUUCCGAUGAAUCAUGGACCUCGAAACUAUACUCCACUUUCAACAAGCCGCCCUCUAACCAAGUCUUCUCUAAACCCAGAUUUGGACAGACUAAAUUCAUAGUGAGCCACUAUGCCAUUGAUGUCGCAUAUGAAGUGGAAGGUUUCAUUGAAAAAAAUAGGGACAGUGUUUCCAUGGGUCACUUGUGUGUUUUCAAAGCCACAACAAACCCAAUUUUCAAGCAGAUUUUGGAAAAUAGAGACACCAAGGAAAGUAAUGCGUCUCAAGAACAAGAUGCCAAAACAACCACAGUAGUUCCAACAAGACUAAGUCAAAAGAAGCCAACUUUGGGGUCCAUGUUCAAAAAAUCCUUAAGUGAAUUAAUGGCAAUCAUCAAUUCCACUAAUGUCCAUUAUAUUCGUUGCAUAAAACCAAAUUCUGAGAGAUCAUCCUGGGAAUUCAAUAACUUAAUGGUCUUAUCUCAGUUGAGAGCAUGUGGUGUAUUGGAAACAAUCAGAAUUUCGUGUGCAGGGUUCCCAUCGAGAUGGACUUUUGAAGAAUUUGUUCAAAGAUAUUACAUCUUAACAAACCAUGACCAGUGGAGUAGGAUCCUUUAUAAUUCAGAUGUUUCAAAAGAAGAAAUCGUUGAGUUUUGCCAACUUAUAUUAGAUGCUUCUAUCAAUGAUGUAACCAAGUAUCAAAUUGGUAACACCAAGAUUUUUUUCAAAGCUGGAAUGCUUGCAUUUUUGGAAAAAAUUAGGACCAAUAUAAUGACUAAAAUUUGCACUUUAAUUCAAAAAAAGAUGAGAGCAAGAUACCAUAGAAAGCAAUAUUUGCAAAUUUUAUUAUCAAUUAGGAGAUGCCAAAAUCAAAUCAGAAGUCAUUUGGUUCGUGCAAGGGUCGAUCGUGAACUAAAGACACGUGCAGCCAUCUUAAUCCAAUCCAACAUCAGAGGUCAUUGGAAACAUCAAUACUUCAAAGACGCUGUUAGCCAGGUAAUAAAACUGCAGUGUACCUGUAAAGGAAAAUUGAUACUCGAAUAUGUAGAUAAACAAUUUACACGCAUGGCUACAAUUACCAUCCAAAACCAUAUUAGAUCGUACGGACACAAGAUGCAUUACAGAACAAUGAAAAAGAGCUCCGUAUUGAUGCAGAGCGUCAUAAGAAGGCAGUUGGCACAAAACAAAUAUACAGAAUUGAAGAGGGAAGCUGAGGAACGCAAUAUUAAAACAAAUUAUGGAAUCGGGCUAUUAGAAGAAGCUAUUGAAUUCAGAAACUCGUUCAUUUUGGGUUUAGAAACCUUAAAUGACUCAUAUACAAGAUUAACGCAAUUGCUACACGGUGAUUUAUCCAAUGUUCCUUCUGAGGAAAGGCACGAAUACGAAAUGCUAGUGAGCGGUUACAAUAGCAAGCUCUUCGAGCUAAAAACCUUACAAGGUGAAAUUAUGAGAACUUUGGAUGAACAAAACAAUCUAAAGGAGAGGAAGAAAAAGCAGUCUGCUAUGAUCCGUUCGCAUAGACAAAAUUCAACUGCUAGCAAAAGUAAGAAAUUCUUAAGUCUAGGCGAUGAGGUCAAUAAGAUGAAGCAAGAACUAUCGUUUAUCGAAAAUGUAUUAACGCAGGAUUUUACUGCUACUUAUUCCACUAGCAAGAAUGAUAAAAUGAAAGGUCUAGGAAUCACAGGACAGCAGAAAAGAUCAAAGUUGGUCAAUGUGAUCCGUAGAGAAUCAGGGAAUCCCGAUUUACUAGAAUUAUUGAUGGAUUUGAAUGGAUACACAUUAGAAAUUACAGAAAGUUUCUUGAAAAAAAUUAAUGUUUCUGAAUUAGAUGAAAACAGCGCCUUGGGUCCUGUACAAGCCAUCAGUACUAUUGUGAACAGUCUAGUGAGACACGGGUUACUGAUCCAAACCAGCAAGUUCAUGUCAAAGGUGUUGUUGACCUUUGAAAGCAUUGUUAUGACUUUACCAAGGGACAAAACCAUGGUGGGCGGUAUCUUUUGGUUAAGUAAUCUUUCGCGAUUCCCGCCGUUUGUUGCAAAUCAGAAAACACUGUACGAUGGGAAUGGCAAGGAUGAGAAAGAUAGACUGACUUUAGUAUAUCUGAAUGAGCUGGAGAAUGAAUCGGUCAGGGUAUUUGACAAGAUUUACUCGAUUUGGCUAGUAAAGUUGAUGAAACAAGUUUCAGUGAACAUGAAAAUCAGUGAACUGGUGUUGAACGAAGGCACGUUUGCAACCCCUAGUGGUGAAAAGUUUGCUGAGAUACGGGCAUUUUUAAAUGAUUUCGAUGCAGCUAUGCUUCAAUUCAAAGUCCACGGUACAGUGCGUACGAAGAUUUACAAUGACAUCUCAAAGUAUUUCAACGUAAUGCUAUUCAACGACCUAAUAACCAAAUGUCCCACAUUAAACUGGAAAUACGGGUACGAGGUGGACAAGAACAUCAGACAGUUAAUGGCAUGGUUUGAGCCAAAAACCGACGAUGCGCGUUCUAACCUUAUUCAAACUGUUCAAAGUGUCAAGCUCCUACAGUUCAAAAUAAGCAACCUAAAGGAAUUCAAACUGCUAUUCGAUUUCUGGUAUGCUUUGAACCCUGCACAAAUACAAGCGAUCCUGUUGAAGUACAAACCCACCAGCAAGAACGAAGCCGGCGUACCGAACGAAAUCUUGAACUAUUUAGCCAACUUGGUCAAGAGAGAAAACUCGUUAUUACCUGGAAAGAUGGAGAUCAUGCUCACCAACGAUUUCGACUCUAUUAAGAAGCAUCUGCACGAUGGGGCCGAUGAGAUCCCUCGUGGCUUCGACGCACAAGGCUUAGCCAUCGUCAAUAAAAUUAUAGAAUUAAGUUUAAAAUAG